ACUUCUCUUCGCACGCCAACCUCGGUCCUGAUCACGGGCGCCAGCAGCGGCAUUGGUGCGGAGCUCGCUCGUCAGUACGCAAAGCCAGGCGUCCGCCUCGUGCUGACGGCGCGGCGGGUGGCCAAACUGGACGCCGUCAAGGUUGACUGCGAGUCGCGCGGAGCUGUGGUAGUCACCGCCCCCGCGGACGUGACGAAUGCAGAAAUGAUGGCGUCCAUCGUGGCCGCCGCAGACGAGGACGCGCCGCUCGACCUGGUCAUCGCGAACGCGGGCUGCUCCGAGUCGAAUGUGCCUGGUGGCAGCCCCCUGUGGCACAAGGCGGGCCCCGUAAACUCGACCAACGUCAUGGGCGUCGUCAACACUGUGAGCCCGGCGAUGGAGCGGAUGGUUGCACGCGGCCACGGCCAGCUCGUCAUCAUGGCCUCGGUGGCCUCUGCCGGCUCGAGCACUAACCCCUCGAGCGUCAGUUACGCCGCCAGCAAGGUCUGGGGACGCGCCUAUGGGCAGGGGCUGCGCGGGGCGCUCAAGGGCACGGGCGUCGGCGUCACCACCAUCUGCCCCGGCUUCGUGGAUUCAGAGAUGGUUGGCGGCACGGAC